AUGGCGGACGGGAAAGACAGCAUGUCCUCUUUUUCGCCUGUAGGCAAGAUUCACAAUGAGGACAAUAGACCAGGGUUAUGUGUCAACUGUAGGAUGUUUGAGACCCCAGACUAUUCACACCUCACCAAAAGCUCAAUAUUUGAAGAGAUCUAUGAGCCUGCAGAAGAUACAUUCUUGUUACUAGAUGCCAUUGAAAAGGAUUAUAAAAAUAUAAAAUCAAUCAAACCCCUAGUUUGCCUAGAAGUGGGAUGUGGUAGCGGCAUUGUUAUAACCUUCUUGGCUAAGACAUUUGGCAGCAACUUGUUCUACUUAGCUACUGAUAUUAACCCUAUAGCUGCCAAGGCCACUCGAGAAACUGGGUUACAAAAUGGAGUCAGUAUUGAGGUCUUCAUCUCAAAUCUGGGGGACGCAAUGCUGCCAAGGUUAACUGGUCUCAUUGAUGUUAUUGUGUUUAACCCUCCAUAUGUUGUCACUCCAUCAACAGAGGUUGGUUGUGGGGGUUUAUCUGCCUCUUGGGCUGGGGGCAAGGAUGGGAGAGAAGUCACAGACCAGUUCUUAAAUCUUGUUCCGCAUUUCCUCUCUAAACAAGGCAUCUUAUAUCUUGUUAUCAUCAAAGAGAAUAAACAAGAUGAGAUAGAGUCCAUACUACAGAAACAUGGAUUCAGUAUGGAAAUUAUCAUAUCCAGACGGUCUGGACCUGAGUUCCUGUCUGUCCUCAAGUUCUCGAGAGAAAAUCUGCACACAACGCCUCCUUGAGCUUUAAUCACAUCGGGAGGACCUGUUGGAGUGUAAACAUCGGGUGCAGGAAAUUGUUAAGAGAUUUUGAAAUCUGAAUUCUAAGAAAACUGGAAACCUGGUAACAGUUUCUACUACAGUGGACAUGUAUUGAAAGAACUUGUUUAUAUGUGGCAUUACUGAGCAAACCUAUACAUUGAGUAAAAUGUCUGAAUUAAGAAGUGGGACUAUUCAUUCUUCUCUGCUCGUAUUGAUGCAAUGCAGACAAUGGAACAAUGCAGAGAAAUCCAGGAACAAUCUGCCGUCUGAAUUUCCCAUUUAGCAUUUUCACAUGGACACUUCUUCACAGUGGAAAUCAGGAACCUGAGCACAUUUCCUUGUAGAAAUAACACAACUUCUAAGUGGCAUUUUUACAAACUGAUCAUUUAUUCAAAGUAUAAAAUUAUUUACUCAUCAAAUUGUAAAAUAUCAAACAUGC